AUGUCUCUUAUUGAGAGUCAGAAUGGUAUGACUGAUCUGAUACCCUGCAACGAGCAAUGCGGCGGGGACUACGACACCUAUUCCUUUGGUCAAGGGGACUUGGAUGUGACAGUCACCGUUCCACUUCCGGAAGGCACAACCGCAAAAGCACUUUCAGUGCAAAUUGCAGCAACUAGCAUUGCUGUGGGUUUCAGAGGCAAACCGCCUAUUAUUUCCGGAGAGUUGUACAGGCCUGUCAAGGCUGAUGAAUGCACGUGGUGUAUCGAGGACAAGAGGCUUUUGGUCGUUACCUUGGCGAAGACAAACGCUCAGUAUGAGGAGUGGUGGCCUUGCGUUACGGUGGGUGAGCGACAGAUAGACAUGAAAACGUUCAAACCGCCGAGUAAGCACAUUUCGGAUUUAGAUGAGAGUGCUCAGGCAACGAUUGCGAAAAUGAUGUUUGAUCAGCGGCAGAAAAUGCAAAAUCUCCCAACUAGUGAAGAAAUUCAGUUGGAGGAAAUGAUGCGAAAAGCGCGAGGGGCAAAGUAA